AUGUGGGGUGCUCAAGAGGAGUGCUUGAUGCGACGAAGUUCGCUGUAUUUGUCUCUGUGGCCCUUGCGGCGACCGGACGACGAGCUUUGGAGACGCUCUCCGCCCAACCGAGGACCAUCCGGCACCUGGAUCCCGGAUUUGGAUCACAAGCGGCCCGUGGCCUAUCGCCAGCUGGGCUUCGGCGAGGGCGGCGAGCGGGUGAUCCUGCCGCACCUGGAAGAGCGUCCAGGUGACGAUCAGACAGACCUUCGUGGGAAUGAAGAGGCCAUGAAGAUCCUCAAGAGGCGGGGUUUUGCCGUUUUGGCUUGUCAGGGCAACCGUUCAAGGCACGUUUUACAGAGGGAAGGUUGGAGACAAAUCCAGAAUCCUGUGAGAAGUUCGAUUAGCAAACACCAUGCGUCGCACUGGCUCACUCCAAGCAUUAGCGCCAAUUUCAUGAACGCACAGAGUUGCCGCUGCUUUUGUGUUCCAGGGUGGACGUGCCGCGCGCCUACACCAAUGACAAAGAUGGAUUUCCAUUAUCAGAGGCCGGUGUGGUCUACACGCCCAGCCUCUUGGUCUUCCGCUCACCGGACACCUUGUCUCCCGAUGGCAAGAUCACAGGCUCGCCCGACUUGA